AUGCCCACAAUUACAGUCAUUGGAUCACUCAAUUAUGACCUUGUCACUUAUACGGAUAAGGUUCCAGAAGGGGGAGAAACCUUCCAGGCCAAUUCGUUUGAAAACCAUCUUGGUGGAAAAGGACUUAACGAAGCACUUGCUUCUGCAAGAUUAUUGAAAGAUACCUCUGUAAACAAAGUCAGAAUGGUUGGAAAUAUUGGUGAAGACUCAUUUGGUAAAGAGCUCAAGCAAGCACUUCUUGACGCAAAUGUCGACACUCAAUUUGUACAAACACUCCCAAAUCAAUCUUCUGGGGUUGCGGUUAUUUUAGUGGAAGAACAAACAGGAGAAAACCGAAUUUUAAUCACUGCUGGAGCUAACGGAGAAUUGAAACCCACCGAUAGUGAUUAUAAUAAGAUUUUCCCUAAAGAUCAGGUUUCUAAAGGUGAUUUCGUUAUACUUCAAAAUGAAUACCCAGAUACCGUAAAGUCGAUUGAAUGGAUUAAGGCUAACCGUCCUUCAAUUAAUAUCGCCUACAAUCCUUCACCAUUCAAACCAGAGCUUAUAACAUCUGAUGUGUUAUCAAAAAUUGAUCUCUUAAUUUUGAAUGAAGGUGAAGCAUUAGAUGUAGCCAGACAAAUGGGUCAUAGUGUAGAUAAGGACCUUGAUAUUGUCACACAAGCAAAAGAAUUGGCUGAACAGCUUUCUCGUUCAAUUAAUAAGGACAAUAUACAAACGAUUGUGAUUACCCUUGGGAGCAAAGGGUCUGUAUUUACCAGUGGCGGGUCCACGCCUAGCUUCACAAAGUCAAGAACUGUGGACAAAGUUGUAGACACCACUGGUGCUGGAGAUACCUUUUUCGGAGGUGUUACUGUUGAAUUAAGUCUUGGGAAAACUAUUGAUGAAGCCAUUGAAUUUGCAACAUGUGCAAGUAGUAUAACCAUCAGAAGUAAAGGUGCAGCUGAAAGUAUUCCAACCUUCUUACAAGUGUCAAAUGAACUUGGUAUCUAA